UUAGAGUUACAUAUUUCUAAUCUAUGUUGAGUUAACUGAAAUAAAGUUCAUUAAAACGAAGUUUAUCAACAGUAUCGUUCGCUAUGUUCCGUUUAAUAUUUGUUAUUUAUGUAUUCACGGAUUUCUCUGUUGCGUCUGAAUCCAAUCAAGAUACAUCACCGUACAACGUCGAAAACAGAAUUAAAUCUCAAGGGGCCCUAGGUUUUUACGCAUCAUUAAGUAAUAAUAAGGCACCAUCAAAUUUAAGUUAUUUUGAAAAAGACGAAAAUCAAGUUAGGAUACCGACAAAAAUCUAUGAAGAACACAAAAAGAAGAAGAUAAAGAAAUCACCAAAGCGAACGAUCCAAAGGAUUAUUAAGAAAGGUAAGAAUCGAAGUAGGAAAAUAUACGUAAAUCCGAUAACAAGACAACCAACAGUCACAGCGGAGAAUUUUGAAAUAAUGGACAGCGGUUACACGCAUUAUGAAGAUAUAACGACGAGCACCACUCGGAAGAAAUCCAGAAAGAGUUCAAGAGUAGCUAGAUAUCCAAUGCCGUUUCACAAACUUCAACAAAGAAAAGAUCUGGCAGCGCACUAUCGAAAUAGAAGACAAGUCGACAGAGAUGAUGUUUUUAUACUAAAAGAUCUAGAUGAAAUUGAAUUUGUAAAGAAAGGUAAAGAUUAUGAUGUAGUUGAGGCACACGUAAAGAAAUAUUGGUAGAAUAGUAAGGUUAGAUUUUACAAUUAAAAGUAACGAGAUACUAAAUACGGUGAAAAGGGAAAUUAAUUAAAAGUAUUACUAAAAAAGUAAACAUUGUUUAUUCAUUUAUGUACAACGAUAUAAUAGAAUCGAAAAUUAAGAAUAAUCUUAGUAGCUAAUUACGAACUAAUUA